GCUCACCUUUGCUCACCUUUGCCCACCGCCCUUUUCAUUCAUCCUUUGUCUCUCUCCUUUUCUCUCUCUCUAUCUUUCUAUCUUUCUACCUGUGUGGCCCCAGCCUUCGUGUAUUACGAGGCAACAAUCGACAACUGGAAGUGACAUGAGUACCCAUGAGAAUCGACUGUGCCGCCUCAUAGUGAGGGAACACUUUGGUCCUAUCGUUGAGAAAGUCGCCAAUGUGAUUCUUCGCAAGGGUCGUAUGCCCGUCGCUCAGAUCGCGAUGCUCACGUCCCUCAAACCACGUCAAGUUCGGGAAUGCCUCUUCGUGAUGAUCCAACACAACGUCGCUGUCUACGCAGAGGCACAGGAGCGGAGCCGGAUCGUGACCUAUUAUGAGAUCAACCGACCAGAGCUGUUGCACCGGCCCUUGAUCGCCAAGGUGCUGCAUUAUUGUCAGGAAUGGUUCGAGCGUGAUGGGGCUGCUGUCGCACACGCUUUGUUGACCCAUGGAAAAUUGACGAUCACUGAGUGCAUCAACGAGAUUGUGGCACAUUCACCGAGCGCUGGAGGAGCCGCUAGUGGACGGUCGCAGGCGCAACGUGUCUCGUCGUUGAAGAAGGCGUUCACGAGGAUGGUCAAGGAAAAGUGUUUGAUCGCAGUCCGGCCCUCGGACUCGUUGAACGCGACAGAUAAGGAAAUGGCAGAAGAGAAGCGGGAAACAGACAAGAUGACUCUGCCACCGACCGCAGCAGAACUCGCCAACAUCCGCAAGACAUUGGGAGCGCAGAAAUUGCAGGAUCAGACGAGCUCCAUCGUUGGAUUGAAACGCACAUUGGACACUACGGAUCAUGAUAGGUUCGAAGGAGAUAAGCGUCGUAAGCUGACAGAUGGAGACUUGGUGAUUGUUGAGGAGGUCGAGGCAGACGUCUUUUUCAAGAUCAACUACGAGCGAUUCAUUAUUAGAUGGCGUAAUAUGAAAAUUGCCUCAUUGUACGAGAUCCGAUUGAAUCCAACGGCAAAGAAGAUCAUGAACACGAUUCUGACACUGGCAGAGGAACGCAUGAUCAACUGCAAGGAAGACUUUUCGAACCCUGUCAACAUCAUGCUCCUCCUCAACAACCUGCCCAAGGACGUCAACCUCGUCGACACACUCGAAUUCGACCCUCAGGAGCUGGGGCCCAGUAGCGUCAAGCCCAAGGUCGGCGAGUGUCUUGAGAAAUACAUCGAGAUCCUCGAGGCGGAUCUGAUGAAGAUUCUGAGGAAGGACGCAGGCAGGAGCGGGCAGUACAUCAUCCACCUGAGGAUGGCAGCCAAGAUCUUGAAACGGAAUUUGAUCCAGGACAUUGUGGCGACACGGUUCGGAUCACCGUAUGUGCGGAUUAUGAACAUGUUGCUGGAAAAGGGCAAGCUCGAGGAGAAGCAGAUUUCGAGAUACUCGAUGAUGCCAAUUAAGGAUGUGCGUGAGAAAUUGACCACGUUGUCCACGUUUGGGGUGCUAAAUUUGCAGGAGGUGCCCAAGACGACGGAUCGGACACCAUCCAGGACAUUUUAUCUGUGGGAAGUGCUCCUGGACCGGGCUGCGGAUGCGUUGGUGGAUCGGUUGUAUCAUACGAUGGGAAAUCUGAGGCAGAGGCGGUUUGUGGAGAAGGCCAAGCGGGCGGUGCUGUUGGAGAAGUGUGAGCGUACGGAUGUGCUCGCAAACGAUGCGUUGUUGAACAGUGCGGAGAAGCGAGAGUUGGAGAUGUUGAAUGGGAUGCUGGAGAUGUUGGAGGUACAGGAACUGAGGGUUGCGGAGAUGGUGAUGGCUCUGAAGGAAUUUUAGAGAUGAAGAGGAGGAAAUGGCAUUGAUAGAGAGCAGAUCAGGGCGGCAUAGAGGAAAACAAAAGUGCAUACAACAUGUAAUAAUAAGC